UUAGGAUCAUGUAAAAACAAGUCUUAGGGUGAAAACAUGAAAACAAUUAAUCCCAGCCGUAGAUUAUAAUCUAACGGAUGAUAUUUAAUGUAUAUAUAUCCUAAUUUUCUCUCUCCUCCCGCGAAAACACUUUCUCUUUCCUCUGUUAUUUUCUUCCUCCUCUUCCUUCUCUCUUCACUUUCUCUCUCCUAAUUUCUCGACAUUAGCGAACUCCUUCAGCAACAUCGCUUCAAUUACCAUCAGCGAACUCCUUCAGCAACACCGCUUCAAUUACUUUGAUUUUUAGCAAUUUCUCAGCUCUACGAUCUAUUAUCAGGGUGCAACAAGGAUUUUCAUUCGAUUUGGAUUAGAUUUUAUAACUAUGGUGAGAACUAGAGGUGGUGCUACUUUUAAAAAAAGGAGAGGCCUUCGUAGCUCAACAGGAGGAGUUAAAUUGAAAGAUACAGGAGCAUGUAUCAAUCUCGAUCAUGAAGAUGAAGAGCAUAUUGAUGAUGGAAGCAAAAUGAUCGAUGAUGAUACUAACAGAGAUAAAGAUGCUUGUAUUGAAAAAGGAUUGAAAAAGAAAGCUAUCACUAAGAAAAAGAAACCUUCUAACAUUGAGAAUGCUAUACCUUUGUCAACUGUGAUGGAAGGAAAGAAGGGGAAUAAGUCUUCUUCUUCACAUGCUAUUGUUUUGCCAGCUAAGAAGAGAAAGUUGGAUGAAAAUGAAGGUCUUAAAGUGAAGAAAGUGAAGGCAAAUAAGGAUAAGAACAUUGUGAUUCAUAGGCAAGAAUCUGCAAUCAUAGAUAGUGAUGUACAUAUGGUGCAACGAGGAUUUAAAACACGUUGCAGGCCAUUUCAUUUAGUAGAGAUGAUUAAAACUUUUUCAGAUGAUCAAAUCAAGGCUGUUAAAGAAAUUGGCUUUGGAGGUUUGUUGUCUUUGAAGGUGAAACGAACUGCAACUGAUAUGCUAUCAUGGUUGGUAGAUUGUUUUGAUCAUGGUAGCUGCAUGUUUACUAUUGAUGGUAAAAAAGAUUUUGUUGUGACUGAAUUUGAUGUGUAUGAUGUUUUUUGCCUUCCUUGCAAAACAUCUAAGAAAGUUGAAGAAAUUUCUCGUUGUGCUAAUGUCAUCAACCCUGAUUAUGAUUUAAAGGUUAAAUGGAGGUCUCAUUUUGGUCUUAUGGGUGAGAAUGAUCAGAUUCCUUUGGGUUUUUUGGAAUCUAAGAUCCCUUUACUAGUAGAUGGUGGGGAAGAAUUCAGACAGCUUUUUAUCAUGCAUGCUUUUUCAAGUUUUUUAGCACCUACGUCCAACAGAACUGUGGAUUUGAGAAUUGUAAAAUGUUUGGUUGAUGUUAAUCAAAUAAGAAUUUAUAAUUGGUCAAAAUAUGUCUUAGAUAGACUUUGUGAAGCUGUGAAGAGCUACAAAGAAGGAAAUAUAGAAUGGUUUUGUGGUUGUGUUUUGAUGUUAGAGAUUAUCUAUUUUCAUCGAUUGAGGUUUAGGAAUGUUGUGUUAAAUUCUACAAUACCUUUAAUUCAACAUUGGACUGAUGUGGAUAUAAGAGAUAGAAUUAGAAAUGAAAAGUUGUCCAAGGGUUUUGGGUGUGGAAUUCUUGAGUUUGAUACAUAUCCAGUGAGUGAGAAGUUGCAAUUUGAGGAUGGACAAGUUGUUUGUAAUCAAUUCAAGGAAGCUCCUGUGAAUCAAACUUCUGGAAAAGAAUCUGUUGUUUAUGAAGGUGUCCGUAGCAAUGUUAAGGGUGUUAUUCAGUUUGAGCUACCUGCCAGUUCAAUGUCUAAUGAGGAAAUCCGUUCAAUUGCUAUUGAUGUAAGUAUUUUACCCUUUAAUUCUGUCUGUCUGUUUGGUUUUUUCUUUCUUUUUUUUUUUUUUGUCACAAAUUAUUUUAUUAAAUCUAAGUGGUACAUUUUUUUUUCACAGGAAGUUUAUGAGAAGUUUUUGCUCAUGAAAAGAGAUUUAGAAGUGGUAUCUAACUUCUACAUGAAUGAGUUGAAAGUGUUAUUUCAGACUCGUAAAUCUAAUGAUGCUUCAACUUCGACACCUCCAAUGUCCCAAACUGAUUUAUUCUUUAUGAAUCCUCGUGUUCAUGAAAUUGUUGAUGAGAUUGUGUCUCUUGUAAAUUGGGUAAGCAAAGUGCCUAAUGGUUUGGAUGAUGAUGAUAUUGAUGAUAAUGGUGCACCUGCAAAAGAGAUUAAUGUUGUAGUUGGUGAGGUUCCAAGGAUAGGUUUUGAGCAUGUUUUGAGUAAUGGAAAAUCUAAAUGCUCCCUUGCUAUGGAUGUUAGUCUCUUUGGUGAUAAAGUUACAUAUGUAACUGAAUAUAUGAAGUCAAGUAAUAAGGAUAUGAAGGUUUUGGAUGCAGUUGUCCAGGAACUUGUUGACUACUGCAUUAGUGAUUAUCAUGGUUUCGAUCUCAAUGAGGUGUUGGUAUCUUUUGGCAAACCAUUUGAGAUUACAAGGAAUGAAUUCCUUUCAUUAGGUGCACCGGCUAUUGCUAUAUCUUCUGUUAUUAUUGAUUGUUGGGCUAUGUUGCUUAAUGAAAACCAGAAGAGUAGUGCACAUGGACCUCAAAAACUAUAUUUUGGUGUUUCUCAAAGUGCUUUUUUACUGAAAGUUGCAAACACAGAUAGUAACACACAAGACAUUGACAAGCUAUUUGACAUUUGGUCAAGAUGGUUGUUCAUUCCUUGCAAUGAUUUUGAUAUUGCAAAUGUUGAGUUGGUAAUACAUUGCAAAUGUUGACAAUCAUUUUUCAACUAAGUACUUUUAUAUUAAGUUUUUCAAGCUUAAUAG